AUGACGACUCCAAGUUCGACCCAAAGUAUCAAAAUUGCUUCGAACAAUGGCAUCAUAUUGGACAGAUUGGCCGUCGGCGCUGCUCUCGGUUCAGUCCGGGACCUCUUCGCGAAGAUUAAGUCUAUAGACGCGAAACACGGCAAGUUCGACUACGUGUUGUGUGUCGGCGACUUUUUCGGCCCUUUGCAAGAUGCCAGCGCUCAUGAUGGCGCUUCCGAUGAGGGCGACAACCCCUUACCGGAAGACGUCAUUAAAAAGUAUGCAGAUACGGGAGGCGAACUCUGCAAAGACGUAUUUCUCCUGAACAAGUCUGCACUGGUGACAACUAUACAAGACCUUCGGAUAGCAUGUCUAGGGGGUAUUUAUAACCCCGAUGUUUACGGUUCAUCGGAAGCAGCUCCCGGGUUUGCCUCGCCAUUCUAUACGGUGCACAACGUAGAGCGCCUGCUGUCCAAUACGCUUUCCAAGUCGACAACGGGUCAGAAUUAUAGCUCCCUUGCUACAGUCCGUGACUCUGCAUCUUCUUCGCAGCUCGUGGAUAUUCUUCUUACUAGUGACUGGCCCGCAUCAAUACGCUCCCAUGGUUCUACCUCUACCUUCUCCCCAACGUUCAACGUGACUGGCUCAUCUCCUCUUGAUGAUAUCCUGAGGAAGAUCAAACCACGCUAUCAUUUUGCAGGGGGAGGAGCAGACCCUCCUGUGUUUUGGGAACGAGAACCGUUUCUUUGGGAGGAUGAGGGUGACAGAUUAACUCGAUUUAUCAGUUUGGGUGCGUUCGGGAGUGAAAAGGUAACAGGAAAGAAGGAACGAUGGUUUUAUGCAUUCAGUAUUGCACCUUCUGGCCCACAAGCUAAGCGACCAUCCAACGUUACCAAAAACCCUUUUGCAGACAUCGCCGUUCGGCCAUAUAAGCGCACCUUUGACACCUCGGAGGGUGAAAACUUCAUAUGGGGCAAUGUCGAGCAUAUGGGUCAAGUGGCGAAAACGCCAAGCCACCGCCUGGAUAUAAAUGCAAGCGGUGUGGGUCAUUGGAGCACUUUAUUACUGACUGCCCUGAAAAAACAAGACCUCCAGAGGGUUACGUAUGCAGAAUUUGCAACGUCCCCGGACACCUUAUUCGUGACUGUCCAACCAGGCACCCUGCGGGAGACACUGCCAGACGAAAGCCCAAAGAAGGGAAGCCAGCAAACAUCUCGUCCGCAUGGGGAACGAGCCAAGAGAGGACCCCCUAAGGAAAUCGGACCGGACGAAUGCUGGUUUUGCUUGUCAAAUCCCAAUUUAGCCAAACACCUCAUCGUUUCGAUUGGGACGGAAUGUUAUUUAACUCUACCCAAGGGUCAAAUAAUUCCGACUCAAUCUUCUGCUGCGGGAAGCAACUUGUCCCUUGUCCCUGGAGGUGGCCAUGUCCUCAUUGUGCCUAUCGCCCAUCACCCCACCUAUACGUCGAUUUCCCCAGACAUUGCACCCCCUAUCUUCGAGGAAACGGAAAGGUACAAAAGCGCCCUCAGGAACCUGUACGCGGAGUACGGUGCAGCGGCGGUCUUCUUUGAAGUGGGUCGGUUGAGCUCAAAGGGCGGACACGCACACAUUCAAGCCGUCCCGGUUCCGCGUGGUCUGCAGGACAAAGUCGAAGAAGCCUUUGUUAGCGAAGGCCAUGCACAAGGCAUCGACUUCGAACCGGACGCGGAGGGCGCAUUGGAAGCGUGUAAUGGAGGACGCCACAGCUAUUUCCGCGUAGACUUACCAGACGGUCGCAAGAUGGUCCAUCUAAUGAGGCCUCAUGCGCCAUUUAGUGUCCAGUUCGGGAGGCAGGUUUUGGUGACUCUCCAAAACACAGUAGACAGGCUCGACUGGAAAGCCUGUAUGCUCACUGAGGAAGAAGACAAGGCGGACUCCAUCUUAUCACAUUACAUUAAAGCGCGCAUGCACUUCGACGUCUAG